GGGCUGACGAGGGGCCUUGCCCCCCCCCUUUAGGACGGCCCAGAUGGACCACAGAACAGAACGGCCUGAUAACAGUACAGAACCAAAGGAACGAUUCAGACCAAAAUACGGAUUUUACUGGUUUCUAAACACGUUUCCUUCUCAAGUCAGGAUGUCGAUGGGCACGGAUCCACAGGGAGACCCACCGCCAGCCUAGCCUUGAGCGGCUCUUUGGGAACACUAUCCCGGACACAGUGCUAGCUCCGGACGCUCCACUCUCCCCCCACACACUGGAGAAUGGAUGGCCGAGAUUUCGGACCCCCUCGGUCUGUCCAUGUUCCCCCUCCCCUGUUGGCCAUGGAGACCCACCGACUCGGAGCUGCAGCAGCCAGGAGAAUCCCUCCCUCGCCCGGACACUUGGGCACAGGGCACCCAGCAAACCUCCACGUCGGGAAAUUCCUUCCAACGGUCAUGAACCUCCAUCCACAUCACAGUGAUGCCUUCCCAGCAGCCUCCAGUCCCUUCCUGCCGGGCUAUUCCGGCCCCUCCCCCCUAACCUCUGACCCAGCCUACAGAUCACCCAAUCAGAUGGCUCAGCUCUGGGCCUCACACGCUGCCGCCCACGAAGGCUACGCCCCUCUCCCAGGCGGUCUGUACCCUAGCCCCUACCACCUCCCCCUGGGUAACCUGGAGCCUCCUCCCCCCUCGCUGGGCUUGGCUCAGCACCACCACCUCUACAACGCACCACACCAAGAGAGGUUCUUCCUGCCGGUGUCGUUACCCCAGCCUCCUCUCCACCCCUCCUCUGUCCCCCCCAGUUCCACCCCCCAGAGUAGCUCCCGGGAGGGGGGCAGGGACCGAGACGUACCCUACCGCGAGGAGAGGGAGAGGGAGAAGCCUCAGGAGGGGGGCAGAGACGUACCCUACCGCGAGGAGAGGGAGAGGGAGGAGCCUCAGGAGGGGGGCAGAGACAUACCCUACCGCGAGGAGAGGGAGAGGGAGGAGCCUCAGGAGGGGGGCAGGGACCGAGACAGACUCUACUGCGAGGAGAGAGAGGAGCCCCGGGAGGGGGGCAGAGACAUACCCUACCGCGAGGAGAGAGAGGAGCCCCGGGAGGGGGGCAGAGACAGACUCUACCGCGAGGAGAGAGAGGAGCCCCGGGAGGGAGGCAGAGACCGAGACAGACUCUACUGCGAGGAGAGAGAGGUGCCCCGGGAGGGGGGCAGAGACAGACUCUACCGCGAGGAGAGAGAGCGAGGCGAGAGGGAGCGGUCGAGAGAGGAGCCUCAUCCAUACAGUGUGGUAGAUCUGACACAGGAUGGGAGGAGAGGAGAGAGAGAACGCCACAGAGAACGAGAGACGGAGCGGGACAGAGACCGAGAGAGAGAGGUUUUCCUCCACCACCCCUCUGCUUCUCGACCCCCCCAGGGCUCCUCCUCUUCUGGGCGUUACCCAGAGACUGAUGACACACCCACUCGCUCCCCCAACCCUAACCCCAGCCCCCACACACACACAGACAGGCUGAAGAAGACUGAAUCUACCUACAGCGGUGGACUCCUCCCUGGCCCCGCCUACCCUGCACACCGGGAGCCUAUCAGGGAACAGCGUGUGAGCGCGCCCACUUACGUGCCUUCUGUGGAGGUCUAUGAUGAGCAGAUUGGCCCGAUCCAGAUCGCAUCGCAGGCCAGGGACAAACAGGACAAACUGAGAGAAAGAGAGAGAGAAAGAGAGAGAGAAAGAGAGAGAGAAAGAGAGAGAGAAAGAGAGAGAGAAAGAGAGAGAGACAGGGAGAGGUUUCCUGAAAACACACUAUUGGACCGUCGCGCUUCUCUUCCUGGUGAUUUGUCCAAUCAGAGAGAGCGGGAGGAGGGCUCUGUGAUCUGCUCCAACGGUUCGGCGCUGAAACGAGACGGUUACGUCAGCCAAUCAGGGUUCAGCCCGGACCCUAGGGACACGCCAAAACAUGCUAUCCGAUUGGGCUUGGAGCGGGUGGGGGAAGGGCCUAAAUGGAACCCCAUCAGCCCAUUGGCCAACUACGCCACCAGUCAUAUGGCAGCUCUGGCCUCCCAGCACGGACACACACACUCCGCGCAGCAGGCACGCACACACACUCAGCCCUCACACAACAACCAGCCGGAACUCAACAGACCCCCUUCCAACCCCCACACACCCCAACACAGACACACACACACUCAACCCUCACACCAUAACCAGCCGGAACUCAACAGACCCCCUCCCAACCCCCACACACCCCAACACAGACACACACAUUCCCCCCACCCUCCGCCCCAACCCCAGAGGGGAGAGGAGGGACAGGGGCGCUACUUGGACACCUCAGCCCUGUACCGCCCAGUGGGGGGGAGGAGAGGCAGCGGGGGAGGAGGGUCUGAGGGGGGAGCAGACGGAGGAGAGGUGUCGGCCAUGCAGAGUCUGAUCAAAUACAGCGGGACCUUCCCACCUGAACGCCAGGGGUCCUCCAGGCAGAACACGGACAACCAAGCCGCUUUCGGGGGGCUGGCGUUCAUGAGGCUGGAGGGAGGAGGAGGAGGAGCGGGGGGGAGGCUGAUGAAGAGAGAGCAGGAGCGUCCCGACGGCUCGCGGUCGUUGGGACGUGGCGAGGGGGCGGGGCCAGGCGAGGGAGAGGUCCGUCACCCUCCUGUAGGGAUAGCUGUGGCAGUGGCCAGACAGAGCAAUACAGACUCCCAGAGACCUCUACUACUGCACGCAGGGGUUAAAGACGAGGAGCGGGGGGACGAGCGAGCCCGUCACCGUGGUGAUAGACUGGGGUGCCUGGAGCGUGAGCAGGAGAAGUUGCUCAGAGAGAGUAAGGAGCUGGCCGAGUUCACCCAGAUGCACCCCCCCUUGGUGUCCAGCGCCCUGACCUCUAACCUCAUGACCUCCAACCUCAUGGUGACUGGAGGCUCCGCCCGCUGGCCCCACGACCCCUCCCCCCUGACCUCUCACCCCUGGAUGCCCCGCCAAGGAGCACCGCCCAUCUGGCUGUCGGGAUCCCCCUAUGGUUUAGGCCCCUCUCCGCUGCACCAGGCCCUCCCUCCCUACCAGCUGGCCAGAGACCCCCAGUCAGGACAGCUGAUGGUUAUAGCCACAGAACACAUCCCACGCUACGGAGGAGAUGUGUUGGAUGGGGGUGGCGCCCCCCAGUGGCCAGGGGUGUAUGGAGCAGGCAGCUCUCUGCAACAUGCCGCUCAGCUGCAGAUGUUGUCACAGCAACAGAUGCUGAGGCAACAUGAGCUGGUGAUGAUUCAACAACAUGCUGCUCAGGUCCUGGAGCUGCAGAGGAACGCUCAACUGAUGGAGCGUCUGAAGGCCAGUGAACAGAGGGCAGAGCUAGAAGAGAAGACCAAUAAGAGGAGUUCCGAGCCCAAACCCCGCCCCUCGCCACGCCCCACUCCCUCCCCCUCCCUCCACUGCCAUAAAACUCCCCUCCGUUCACCUCCCCCCUCCACCUCCUCCCUCACCCCCCUGUCCUCCCCCAGGCCCACUCUCCAACACCCGGAGGUCCAGAGAGAGAGGUCUCACCCUUCCUCUCCCCUUCCUCGCCCUCCCGCCCCACACUCUGCCUCCCCCCUGAGACCCUCCUCCCCCCUGAGACCCAAGCAGGACGCUGACGAGGGAGAGGAGGAGGGGGGAGAGAAACAGACCACCGCCCCCUAUCACCGAAUCUACACAGAUAUCACCCCUGGUUACCGUUACCAGUCCAUCACCCCGCCGUUCAGCGCCCUAUUCCCCCCCCGCCCCCUCCCCCAUCCAGCUGGGGGUAACAAACACCCUUCGGUCUCCUCUCUGCCGCCUCUCCUCCGGGCCACGGCUCCAGACGUGAAGCCUCGGGGCCUGGAGCUCCGGCCAGACCAGGGGACCACGCUGAAGCAUGACCCCGACCAGGAGCCACCCCAGCUGGGCAUGAGUCCUGCUGCCCUGGACCCUCAGCUCCGGACCUCCAGCCCUCCAACCCUCAGCCAAAUAGAGAGAGACGGAGAGUCAAGCCUCAAACACACACAUCUCACCCACACACACACACAAUUACACACACAUCCCAGCCUUACACAGCCACACAAACACACCAGCAUUAGCCUCCCCACAGGCCCCCAGCCCUGUCCUCCUCUACCAUCCACACAGCCACAUAAACACACCAGCCUCCACUCAGCCCUCCAGCCCGGUCCUCCUCUACCAUCCACACAGCCACAUAAACACACCAGCCUCCCCACAGGCCCCCAGCCCUGUCCUCCCCCCACACAGCCACAAGAACAACAGGCCGAGGAGGAAGAGGAGGAGGCAGGAGCGGUCAAGAUGGAGGUGUUGACCUACGGCUGCCGAGGAGCCUAUCAGCUUCCACCGUCCGUCCCGAAGGUGGAGACUAAACCAGAGGUCACAGAGAAGUCGAUCCCCGCCCAUUACCCAUCAUGCACCACGGCAAGCUCCGAGCGACCGGCCUUUAGACCCGGCCCCGAACCACAGGCAUCCUCUCCUCCCCCUCUCUCUCCCUGCCCUCCCUCUCCCUCGCCUCUAAACAUCUUCCCUGAUGACCCCAUGGCUGGUAUGAUGACGCUGUUGGCUGCUAGUCAGAUGACCCAGGCUGCCCCCCCCCUACCCACCCUUCCCCAGACAGAGGCCUCCUCGCUGGGGAGAGACGUGGCCAGUCCUGGGUGUCUGGAGGUCUGGGCUCUGGAGGGGAUGACUCUACUCAGCGACAUGGCCUCACUAGAGAUGGAUAGGAUACAGCUGGAGCAGGGUGAGGUGUUGUGUGGUCUUGACAGCCUGUUAGAGGCAGGUAGAAAGGUGUUGCUGGAGGCCAUUGAGAGCCAGUCUCACAUCGACCUCCCCAGACAACUACACCCCAGCAAGACCUACAGCUGGAGGAUGAGGACAGACCCACAGGAGCAGCUCUUCAGUAAGCUGUGUGUGGAGGUGUGUGAUGGAGGGGAGUCUCAGCAUCGGAUGAGAUUAGCGGAGCUACAGAGGCAGUACAAGGACAAACAGAGACAACUGGACCGGCUGCAGAGGCGCUCUGACACCCAAGAGGUUCAGCAGCAGGAGGAGGAGAGGCGGAGUCUAACCAGACGUGGGCGGGGCCGACCUAGGAAGAGGAAACGUGUAGCGACGCCCCCUGGCAAGAUGGAGUCCCGGACAGGGAAGCCGGGCAGGACAGUGCGGUACUCGGAGGUGGAGGAUGGAGGGAAGAAGAGGUUCCACUGUUCCAGAGGGGAGGAUGAAGAGAUGGGGGGAGGAAGAGGAGGAGAGAAGAGGAGUUGGCAGGAUCAGGAGCCGUCCACUAGUCACUCUCUGGAGGUCUUUAAGGCUCGUCGUGUCGGUCUGUGUGACCAUGAGCAGCUAGCCUGUGACCUGGACAGAGCUCUCUCCCUGUCCGUACUCAGCAGCAGCCGCCGGCCGCCCUCUGACCCCGGCGGGAGGGACGGAGGGGUGAUCCCCUCGUCUGGAGGGAAACAGAAGGUUAGAGGUCAGAGGGAGAUGGUUUCUCCUCCUCUUCCUCACUCCUCUCAACGCUCCAGCUAUGACUACAACUCUGACUCUGAAGAGGAUGUCCCCCGGGGGGGCUGUCACCCCUUCUCAGGGUUGCGACCCCACACAACCCCGCCCAGGAAGAGACCGUCUCCCUCCUCGUCCAAUCAGGCGGCUCGGGAGAGGAAACAGAAGCACUUAUCCCUGCUGCUGCAGGAGGCGGGGCUUAGCUCCUCCGACGACUCCUUCGAUCAAGAGUCCUCCACUGAGGAGGACGAUGAUGAGGAAGAGUCGUCGUGCUCCGAGGGGAGUGAGCUGGAGGAGAGUGGGUUGGGCCUGCUGGCCAGGUUCGCAGCCAGCGCCCUCCCGGUCAACCCCGUCCCCCUGCCCCAUCUCCACGACAACAAACACCGUAGCAGGCAAAGCAUUCUGGGUUCUGGUUCUGACCCGUGUCUGAGGAAGUUCCCCUCUCUGCUCCACGGGAAACGCUCCGCUCCCGAACUCCCCCUGUUACCCCCGGCAACGCGCCACGGCGACCACACGAGCAACGAGACCUCGCCGGUUAAACGCAAACCUCGCCCUUCUCCUCGGUCGCCCCGGACAUUCACCUUUGACCCCGCCGGGGGACUAGGGGGAGGGGCUAGCGAGGAGGAGGGAUGGACACGCAGACGCAGCGAGAGGAUUUUCCUUCAUGAUGCCUCCACCAAUCAGAUCUCUCCCUCCAGUAAAGACCCUCCAAUCAGCACUAAACCCGCCCCCAGACCUAAAACCACACCCAGGGACGGGAAAGACUGGAAGAAGAAGAGGCUGAAGGACUCUCCCCUGACCCCGCCCUCUCUGUCUAGUCCAAUCACAGAGAGCCCGUUAGCCCCUCCCCUCAGCCCUGCACGCAAGAGCCAAUCAAAAGCCAAGGCUAAACCCCGAGAGGCUCGUGGAGCGGUCAGUAGGCUGAUGAAGAGUAUGGAGGCUGAUGAAGACUUCGAACCCAGUCAGGACAGCAGCUUCUCCGAAGACGAUGGACCUCCUCCGUCACACAGCAGUCUGGCAGAGAGGACCCUGUCGUCUGCUCCGGUCCAGUGUGUGUUAGAUAAAGACUCUCUUCAGGAUGGUCUGAGGGUUCUGAUCCCCAUGGAUGAUCAGCUGCUGUAUGCUGGACACGUCAACACGGUGCACUCCCCGGACAUUUACAGCGUGGUGGUGGAGGGGGAGAGAGGGAACAGACCUCAUAUCUACUGUCUAGAACAACUCCUACAGGAGGCUAUUGUGGAUGUGAUGCCUCCGUCAGUCUGGUAUCUUCCGGUGUACCACUGUCGUGUUCCAGCAUACUGGAGCCAGCAUAACGCCCAGUACCACUGUCUCUACCCCGGCACCGUAGUCAACGGAAGUUCAGACGGUGAUGACAGUGAUGACCUCGUCACGGUGGAGUUUGAUGACGGUGACACGGGUCGCAUCCCCCUCUCCCACAUCAGACUGCUGCCCCCUGACUACAAGAUACAGUGUGCUGAGCCCUCCCCCGCGCUGCUAGUGGCCAGCUGCUCCAGGAGGCGUGUCAGGAAGUGCAGCAAGGACACCAGUGAGACGAGGCCUAAAGCAGGGGACUCCGCCCCCAAGGGCAGAGGGAGACCGGCCAAGAAACCCAAACCCAAACCUGAGCCCCCAUUGAGCCCAGACCCCCGGGAGACGAUGCCCCCCCCGGGACCCAGCCAGGCUCCAGACAGACCUCAGCUCCCCACCAGACCAGCCCAGGACAAGCCCUCCUCCUCCCAGAGACCUGCUCAGGAAAGACCCCUGUCUGCCCCCAGGCCGGGACCAGGCCGACCCUCCAAGCCCACCAGCACCCCCAGCCUGCCUGCCCCCCCACGCAGCCAGAACCCUAGGAGACCCAGCCCAGCCUCUCCCAAGCCCCCCUCCCUCUACCACCCAGCCCCUUACGGGAAGAUACUAAGGGUGGACCUGUACAGCCAACCCAACCUCACCUCUUGUAACGUCAGCACCCAACCUCACCCUAAAACCAACCCGAAGUCUAUACUCUCCCCUCCACUACUUAAACCCAACUCUACUUCCCCUAUCAUCAGACCCAAGCCUCUUCUACCAAACCCUAAAACCAACCUUACCACCGUACCAAAAUCCAAACCUAGACCUGACUCUAGAGCAGAACUCCCUGGGCCUGCAGCUAACUUUAAUCCUGAUCACAACAAACCCAGAACCGCUCCCAAAGCAAUCUCCAGACCCAAACAGAACCAUAACAAACCCAGGCCCACCCUGGAUCCUUCUACCAGGCCCAGAACCAGCCCUGGGUCUAGCUCUAGUACCUCCAAACCUAGAACCAGCCCUGGGCCCAGCUCUAGUACCUCCAAACCCAGCCCUGGGCCCAGCUCUAGUACCUCUAAACCCAGCCCCGGGCCCAGCUCUAGUACCUCUAAACCCAGACCCAUCCCCGGGCCCAGCUCUAGUACCUCUAAACCCAGAACCAGCCCCGGGCCCAGCUCUAGUACCUCUAAACCCAGAACCAGCCCUGGGCCCAGCUCUAGUACUAGUACCUCUAAACCCAGACCCAGCUUAGACCUCUCUGCUGUCAGAUCCAGACCGGACCCUAGCACCUUUAUUCCUGGUAUCUCCAGACCCAGGCAUGUCCCGGGGGUGGGAGGGCAGGGCGGGGUGCGACAGGGGCGUAAGGCCCUCCUAGAGGAACCCCUAGUAAAGCUGGACCACGAAGGCGUGACCUCACCCAAGACCAAGAAGACCAAGGCUCUGAUGCUGCUGGAGGCCAGGGGCUUACGGCAAGAACACACACCCCUCGCCACGGCCGCAGCCACCCAGAAGCCGGCGAGGGUAAAGGGGAGGGCUCCGGAGAGCGAGGCGGGGCUGCUGGAGGCCAGGGGCUUACGGCAAGAACACACACCCCUCGCCACGGCCGCAGCCAGCCAGAAGCCGGCGAGGGGAAAGGGGAGGGCUCCGGAGAGCGAGGCGGGGCUGCUGGAGGCCAGGGGCUUACGGCAAGAACACACACCCCUCGCCACGGCCGCAGCCAGCCAGAAGCCGGCGAGGGGAAAGGGGAGGGCUCCGGAGAGCGAGGCGGGGCUGCUGGAGGCCAGGGGCUUACGGCAAGAACACACACCCCUCGCCACGGCCACAGCCACCCAGAAGCCGGCGAGGGUAAAGGGGAGGGCUACGGAGAGCGAGGCGGGGCUGCUGGGGAGAGAACCCGCCAACAGAACGCCUUCUCUGGGCAGAGAAAGAGACCGGGGUGGAGGGGGGGACAGAGAACCAAAGAGAGAGGAGAGAACAAAACAAGGGGAAGAGAAGAGAGGGGAGGAGACAGGGGAGACGAGAGGGGGGUCUCACAGCAGCAGUAGUUCAGGAUCUGAGGAAGAGGAAGAGACGAGGAAGAAAACGAAGUGUAGCUCCAGCUGCUCCCACCCCUCCUCCCCAGCCUCCUCCUCCUCAUCCUCCUCUAGCACCUCCUCUUCCUCUUCCUCCUCCACUGACGAGGAGUCCUCUUGUAGUUCUGACGAGGAGACCGCCCCCGCUCCCCCUGCACCUCUCCCCGUCUCCCCCCCUCCAACUACCCCACAGGAGGAGGUGGAGGAAGAGAAGGAGGAAGAGGAAGAAAUUAAGAAGUUGAAAAAGGCGGAAGAGGAAGAGGAGGAAGAAGUAUUAGAAGAAGAUCAAUCUCCCUCCUCUCCUCCCCCGUCUAUCUCCCCGUCCUCCCAGCCAGCCAGGCCCCGUGGUCGUCCAGCCCGGCAGAAGUCCCAGGGAGGUGUGGGGUCGGUGGGCAGGCCACGGCGCAGGGAGGGGGCCCACCUCCCCACCACCAAGGAGCUGGCUAAGAGACAGCGAUUACCGAGCGUAGAGAACAGACCCAAGAUCUCUGCCUUCCUGCCUGCCAGACAGCUCUGGAAGUGGUUCGGUAAUCCCACACAGAGGCGUGGUAUGAAAGGCAAGGCUAAGAAGCUGUUCUACAAGGCCAUCGUGCGGGGGAGAGAGAUGAUUGGUAUCGGGGACUGCGCCGUGUUCCUUUCCGCAGGCCGACCCAACCUGCCCUUCAUAGGGAAGAUCCAGAGCAUGUGGGAGAGCUGGGGAUCCAACAUGGUGGUCAGAGUCAACUGGUUUUAUCACCCGGAGGAGACCAACCCUGGCAAGAAACUACACCACAAGAAGAACUGGGAUCAGAUGUCUGGUCAGUCUCUUCCUUCAUCUCUGCUCUCCUCUAACCAGAGGAAAGACUUCAUGGAGCGGGCUCUGUACCAGUCGUCCCACAGCGAUGAGAACGAUGUCCAGACGGUCAGUCACAAGUGUCUGGUGGUCAGCGUGUCGGAGUACGAAAGCAUGACUCUGACGCGUCGCUACGCCGACAGCCAAGACCUGUACUACCUGGCCGGGACAUACGAGCCCACCACGGGUAUGAUCUACAACACGGACGGAGUCCCCAUCAUCUGAUGGACGACACGCUAACGACACCCGACCAACGCCAAGCUCGAUCCGGUCAACUCAUAGCGUUUGAUCCAACGAACGAAGACCACCUGAGAGAGAGACGAUGGACCGUAUUCAGAAACUCUUGAAACACAAGGGUCUUCUCUAUAAACACACCCAGACGUCUACCUGUAAAUACAAUAGUUCUAACACUCGUAGAUGUGUAUAAAAGACAGGAAGUGGUUUUAUUUUCCAGGGAAGACAUCCUCCUGGCUGGAUCGUAGCCGUGAGUCACAGUAGUUUUGAUGAGAGGAGGUUUGUCUAUCUGCCAGACGUAUCACACUAACGAGAGAGAGACCUGCUGACAAUCCCAACAAUGGGGGGUGGGGAUACAGUCCUGUGUUCUGAUUGGUGCCUGUCCUGUCUGGACCCGCCUACUCCCCCAUGACCUUAUCACCCUGCUGGUGUUAACAGGGUUCUGAUGGCCUGAUGUUUUGAGAUAUUAUCAGUGUUUCUCUGGAGUGAACACACUCUUAUUGCCCCCCCCCCCCUGGUCCCCAUCUAUCUGCCCCCCCUGGUCCCCAUCUAUCUGCCCCCCCCCCCUGGUCCCCAUCUAUCUGCCCCCCCUGGUCCCCAUCUAUCUUGCCCCCCCUGGUCCCCAUCUAUCUGUCCUGGUCCCCAUCUAUCUGCCCCCCUGGUCCCCAUCUAUCUGUCCUGGUCCCCAUCUAUCUGCUCCCCCUGGUCCCCAUCUAUCUGCCCCCCUGGUCCCCAUCUAUCUGCCCCCCCCUGGUCCCCAUCUAUCUGCCCCCCCCAGCGGGGUUUCAGCCUUUUCUCCGUCCCGACACACCCCAUGAAUAUCUCUGUACGGUACGGGGGGAAAUAUUAUUUAGAAAAUACUAAACGUUUGUUUUGUAAAUGUCUUUGAGCUGAGGAGGAGGAGUGGAGGUGGUGGAGGAGGAAGAGGAGGAGGGAAAAGGGGGAGGAGGAAGAGGAGGAGGGAAAAGGGGGAGGAGGAUAGGGAGGAAGAGGGGGAGGAGGAGGAGGGAAAAGGGGAAGGAGGAUAGGGAGGAAGAGGGGGAGGAGGAGGAGGGAAAAGGGGGAGGAGGAAGAGGAGGACGGAAAAGGGGGAUGAAGAGGGGGAGGAGGAGGAAGAGGAGGGGAAAGGGGGAGGAGGAUAGGGAGGAAGAGGGGGAGGAGGAGGAAGAGG